CGUAUUUUCUUGUAGGACUGAAGGUAUACUGCUAGAAUUCCCGGAAUUAACCAGUUCUACAAGACGAAAUCAUUGGUUGGUCUUAACGAAGGAAAUUAUUCUUUUACAUCAGUUUUUAUCUAAAAAGGAAUCGCUGUCUGCAAACCAAGUAUGGGAAAUGCAUGCAAGGACAAUUUUAGGCUUUACAAGACUUCAUGCUGCAAGAGAAAUGCUUAGAAUGGCACCUCCAUUACCACAAACAUUUUUGAUCUUUACUUUAUUUGAUGAGCUGCCUAAAGGAGAUUUUAUCAUAGAAGAACUUGCAGAAACUUUAAAGCUGAUUGAAACGGAAGAACCCUGCAGUGCAAGUUCAAUCCUGAAGAAUCUGAAUAUGUCGCACAAGUUUGCACCUGAAAUGGAGUCGAAGGAAUCAGAUGUGGUUGAAAAAGUCACUUUAAAAAGUGCCCAAGAAGAUAGUUUUACAACAUUGGAUGAAGCUGUUACAGAGGUGAAGGAACAAGCAAAGGAAAUCGAGUCAGCAAAAGCUACUACUGAAAGCUUAAAAGAAGAAGGGGUUGUUGACAGUGCUCUUGUACUUUUGGAGCUCUUGAAACCACUAAAAAGCAGUUGGAUUUGGCUUCAAGAAGUAUUGGCAUGGGAGAGGCCGGGUGCAACCAUCAAUUUGAUCACUGCUAUUCUCUUCAUAGCCUACAGGGAGUGGAUUGGAAAGGCAUUGGCUACCAUCUUAUUUUGGGCAGCCUAUGAAAUGCUACGAGCAAGGCAGCAGAGGAUUGGAGAAAAGUAUAAUAAGGUGGUGGUGUGUACUGCUUCAGACCAGACAACAAUGGAGAGCAUUAUAUCCGCACAGCAAGGACUUAGAACUGCCCAUGACUUGGUGCAGCAGGUCAACAUUGCAAUACUUAAGAUCUACUCUAUAUUGGUUUCUAGGGCCCCCAAGCAAGCAAACAUGGUGAUGAUGAUGAUGGUUGGAAUAGCAGUGAUUGUAGCUCUUAUUCCCUUCAAGUAUAUGAUUAUGGCUUCCACCUUGUAUCUAUUUGCAACGAACUCAAAAUAUUACAAGAAUCUCAUGAAAAACGACUCAGGAAAUCGGCGAUUGAAGGAAUGGUGGGACUCCAUUCCCGUUAUUCCUGUGGAAACCGUGGACGAACUGCCAGAGAACAGAUGAUUGGCUUGUGAACUGCAGUCAAUGUUUUAUGUAAUUAUAUGACCUUAAUGGGUUUUACAGCACACUUGGUAGUUAAUAAACACUUGGCUAACAGUGUUUUGCGUGGAGCUUAUCAGCUGCACCUAGCAAUACACUCUUUGGGUGAUAGGAUUAAUUUUUAAUAAGGUAUAUACUUUCCUUUAUAAGCUUUUGUUUCGUUUACAUUCUUUUGUUUUAGGGGUAAGAGGUGUACAGAACACAUAGCAAAUGACUUCUGAGAGUUCUGAAGGUAUAAAGUUUCAUGAUUCUGCAUAAUUAUAUGCCUUUUUUUAUAACUAAUAUCCUAAUAGUAGUGGCGGAUCCAGUUGGUUUAACUGAACUCAUACUAGAUGCAGAAUA